AGCGAGUCGACGCUGCUUGACCUGCCAGCGUCGACUCGCCCUGUUCGCAGAUCUCCUCUGCUGGCGCCAUGUGCCUGUCGCCGGCGCUGCAGAGCGGCGAGGACAUCGUCAGCCACCAGCUCGAGCUGCAGUCGAUCUUGCACGGUGUGCACCAGCGCUACGCCGGCCGCCAAGGGCGGUACAACAAGCACGACACGGCGCGGCUCCGCUACAUCAAAAACACCGCCUUCCCGGGCCUGCGCUUCGGCAAGAUGGUGCCGGAGCGAGACAUGGCGAUGCUCAGCCCUCUCCCACCGUCGCGGAUCGCCCGUCACCUCGCCUCUCCGCAGGGUCAUCUCUCGCGCCGUCUGCAUCUCUCUGCCGUAGGUGCUCCUGUCGACGCUGCCGCCGCUGCCACCGCUACUGUCACCGCUCGUUUGAUAAUCGACGCCACGCUUAGCGGCAGCGAGAUCCGAGGUUGAGUCAACUUGCCUGGUGCGCUCUUGCGCGUGCCUUCAAGAUCCACAAGUCAAUUUGUACCAGAAAUCCAAAGGUGGUGCAAAAUGGAUAUCUCAAGAUUGGCCUUUAUUUCGCGCACCUGCUCUCCGCCGCCGCCGCUUACCUGCUGGCACGCCACCGCCCCGCGUCGCUAACUCAAGCCUCCCUGCUGCAUCUUGCCACCCCUGCCACAUGACUCGACCGCCGUCGCUGCUACCGCCCUCCCCGCCGCCCUCGAAUGCGCCACCAGCAUUACGGCCGUCUUCAUAUCUCAUUGAUGCUGCCACCAACGCCA